GAGCGCAAAAGCUGUCAAAGAGGCUGAAAGGGUUGCAAGCACGCACAACACAUUACUACACACAGGGGCUCGGAUGCGCGCGCGUUGACAGCAACUAGCAUAUAUGGCUAGAGCUAGAUCCAUCCGUUCUCUUCAGCUAGGCGCCUAGGCCGCUUCUCAUCACUCCUCUAGUCCUCUUGCUUUGCCGGCGGCGACGGCGGAGGAGGCGGGUGCCAGCGCGCUAGAGCUAUAGCUACUCGCGACGUACCACGCGAAGUACGUCCGGCGCGGCGAUGUGGUGGAUGAUGAUGAGCGGCGAGGAGCUGGUGGUGACGCUGGCGCCGGUGGCCGUGUACUGGGUGUACGCGGGGAUCUACGAGGCGCUGCUGGCGCGUACCGCGGUGCUGGACAGGUACAGGCUGCACUCGAGGCGGGACGAGGAGACCAAGAACGUCGCCUCCAGGAAGGACGUCGUCAAAGGGGUGCUCCUGCAGCAGGGCAUCCAGGUCUCCAUUUCCGUUGCCAUCCUCAAGAUGAAGGGACACGGUGCCGCUGCUGCUGAUGCCACCGCCACCAACGACGAUCUCGCGGCGGCGGUGGCUGUGGCGGAACCGUUCCUGCUGGUGGCGGCGGCGCGGUUCGGCGUGGCGAUGCUGGUGCUGGACGCGUGGCAGUACUUCACGCACAGGCUCAUGCACUCCGUCCCGUACAUGUACCGGCAGUUCCACUCGUGCCACCACCGCGUGGCGGCGCCCUACGCGUACGCGGCGCAGUACGGGCACCCUGUGGACGGCGUGCUCACGGAGACGAUGUCGGGCGUUGCGGCGUACCUGGCCUCGGGCAUGCCCCCGCGUGUGGCCACGGCCUUCUUCGUCUUCGCCACCGUCAAGGGCGUGGACGACCACUGCGGCGUGGCCGCGCCGUGGAACCCGUUCCACGUCGUGUUCCGGAACAACACCGUCUACCACGACGUGCACCACCAGCGCGGCGGCGGCCGGCACAACUUCUCCCAGCCCUUCUUCGUCAUCUGGGACCGUCUGCUCGGCACGCACGCGUCGUACGUCCUGAGACAUAGGAACGACGGCGGGCUCGAGGUCAAGGCCUUCGAGGAUCGUCGGAUGCGUUAAGUAUCUUGUUGCUCGUUUACGUAGUGCCGCUAGGACCUAGGAGUAAAAAACGGAGGGAUAUGUACGGAUAGUACGUUUUUAUGUAUUCUCUAAUAUAUUUUAACCGAUACAAAUAUAUAAAUUGGAUAUUAUUUGGAUGGAUAAGUGACAUAUACGAACAUUACU